GUGCAAGUGCUCUUUCAUCUUGGGUACAGAUGUUAGAAUGUCAAAUAAUAAAGUAACUGAGCCAUUACCUCCACCUCCUCCUAUUUAUAUAUUUAGAGAACAUAAAAGUACUGUUAAUCAUCUUCAUUUAUUCAAAGAUGAUCAGUUGCUUGCUUCCUGUGAUGCUGAUGGUUGGAUUAUAAUCUGGAAAAUGAGAACUAGAAGACCUUUACUGAAAUGGAAAGGACAUGAAGCGAGUUGUUUAAAAGUGACUACUAAUUCUAUGCAUGACACCUUAAUAAGUCAGGGAAGAGAUAACAUGAUACAUAUUUGGAAAUUAACUGAAGUGGAAGCUACAUUAACCUCAUCAAUUGUAUAUAAUGGCUUAGGUUUCUGUAAAUUUUCAUACAAUGAAAAAGAAGAGGAACCAACAUUAUUAUGCUUUCCUUCUAAAGAAGAUAUAAAGAUGUUGGAUAUCUAUGAUUUAACUUCCCAAACCUUUGUGCUUCAAAAUAUCGGCAAUACAGCUCGAUUUGGCUCAUGUAUGGCAACUCAGUUAUUUAGGACAUUAAAUAAUGAAUUAUUUGUUCUUGCUGGAUAUGAAAGUGGGACAAUAGCAUUAUGGGAAAUUAUAAAGGAUAGAUCAACGUCUAAAUUAGUUUGGCAUCGUCAGGAACAUAAAGAACCAAUCUUUGAUCUGUCAAUAGAUAGUAAAAUAUCGUUUGCUAUAUCUUCAUCUGGUGAUAAUCAGAUAUGUAAAUACUCUUUAGCAACUGGUGAUAUUAUUAAAAAGAUAGCCAUCAAAAAAUCUGGAAUCGUAGCAUUGAAAAUACGUUCAACAGAUAAUAAAAUAUUUGCUUCAGGCGGAUUUGAUGGAAAGAUUCGUAUAUUUUCUAUAAAGACAAUGAAACCAUUAGCAGUAUUAACAACUCAUAAAAAUACUGUCUAUGGCCUUGAAUUUGGUAAAGAAGACAACUGGCUAAUUGGGGGAAGUGAAGAUCAUCGUGUCAGUUUAUGGAAAAUUUUUUGAAAAAAUAAAUGUCACAUGUAGAUAGAUAACGAUAAUAAACGUAUUUGGUUUAGUUUUUUUUUUUUUUUACGAAUUCUCGG